AUGCGCGAGACGGUGCACGAGCAGAAACACUGCACAAGACACAGUAGUAAAGUCAUACAAUUAGCCCCAGUUGAUUUUUACGGAUUAACUACAGAUUUAGCUUGUAUACGAGAGGAUGUGCGAGAUUUUCAAGAUUUUGUGCUGACAACGGUACUCUUAGGACGUCAGAUCUGCAGCUUUCCAAUGAGAAGUCGUGGUAGUGUUAUAAACAUAAAAUGCUUUUUGGAUUUGUGA